AAUUCAGCUUCAUGGGGUCUUCUCACUGAACCCCUCCACGCGCUUGUGUUCUUCCACUGUGUUGUUUGCACCUUCCAUCUACCUUCCUGUCAAGGGUGAUGACGAGUCUGAUGUUCCUCGACAUGAUCCUAGACAACGGGUACCAAUGGCAAGUAUAUUGGGAGAUGUUAUGAGGGGAGUAUCACAGCAUGAAAUGGAGACAACUCUGGAACCUUUUAUUCGUAGAGUGGUGCGGGAUGAGGUACAACUCGCAAUUCAACACUUUUAUCACUCAUCUACAAGAUCAAGGGUUUGGCAAUUGGACUUUCAGCAUAUGUUUCCCAAUAAAUUUUUUACUUGCACCAAGGUUGUUUCGGUGGAUGGUGAACCUAUCAAAGUAGUUCUAGUGGACCCCAGCUCCAGAAAGACAAUUACUUCGGGACCUUUAUCUUCAAGGAAGAUUGAAAUUGUCGUUCUUAAUGGUGAAUUUGUUGCUGAUGAAAGAGAGAACUGGAGUGAGGAGGAUUUUAAUCGCAGUAUCAUAACAGAAAGAAAAGGAAAAAGACCGUUGGUGACAGGGGAUCUUAUAAUAACCUUAAAGGAUGGAGUUGCUGAUCUGGACAACAUCUGCUUUACUGAUAAUUCAUGUUGGAUGAGAUGCAGGAAGUUUAGGUUAGGGGCAAGAUUGCAAGGGGGUUCCGCUGAAGUCAGAGAAGCAAGAAGCGAAGCCUUUGUUGUUAAGGAUCAUCGUGGGGAAGCAUACAAGAAGCACCACCCUCCAUUAUUAGAUGAUGAAGUGUGGCGUAUGGAAAAAAUAGCAAAAGAUGGUGAGUACCAUAAGCGAUUAGUGGCGCUUGCUGGAAUAUCCACAGUGAAAGAAUUUCUUCAAAUGUAUGUCACUGAUCCUUCCUCGCUGCGCAAAGUAAUUGGUGGUGACAGUGGCAUUUCAAACAAAAUCUGGGACAAAAUCAUCGAGCACGCUACAACUUGUGUUCUAGAUGAUAAGAUGUACCUGUAUACCGGAGCUGCACAUAGGGUUAUGCUCGUGUUCAAUUCCAUCUGGAAGGUUAUAGGAGCAACCUUUGACGGGCAAAAUUACCAAAAUCUGGAAACUCUAAGCUUUGCUCAAAUGCGGUUGGUAGAAGAAGUGAAACAGCAGGCCUACGAAAAUUUAGAUGAUUUGGUGCCAUUAAGUGAACAGCCUUUUAUCGACCCUGUAACACUACUGCCAGGCCUUCAUGAACCUUUUUACAGUUGUAGCUCUAUACUAGAUGCGAACAACCCAGUUGCAGAUCAAGGCCAUGUUCAUGUGACAACUUCGACACAAUAUGCUUUUGAACCGGGUAAUGGAGGUUCCUUGGAAGUUUCCCGGACAAAUAACUGUCAUCAGGUGCAGGCAUUAUGUCCUACUUUAGUAAACAGUUUCGAGAUGAAAGAUAUUGGCUACGGACUCUAUAAUGAAGGGUACGACACUGAUACUCCAAGUGGAUCGUUGAACUCAGUUUUAAUGACUGGAAAUUCAACCGCUGAUGACAUUUCUAAGGUCCGAAAUUCAACAAGGCAAAGCAAUGAGCUUUUCCUAGCCUCCAGCAGUCAGUCAGCUGACUUUCUUCGAGCUGAUACUGAUCAUCGUACUCCAAGCAAUCAAAGACCGAAGGCAAGGUGGUGUAAGUUACGAGCUGUCAUAACAUGGGGGAUAUUCAUCAGGCGGAAUGUAGCUGCUAAAAGAAGAGCCAAGUCUUUGGGUUUAGAAUAGCUUUACUCAUGUUACAAAAGUUGAGCUGGUAGAAGUAUACUCUGAAGUUCAGUUUUGGAAACAACUUGUACAUAUUUGCAUUUUUGUUUUCCCUUUAACAUUGGGUGCCACUGGAUCUUUUUGUGCUCACAAAGUUUCUUUGUUAAGUAAAUUAUGCUCUUGUAGUAUAAAGUCAGUUCAGUCACCUGUUUUAAUCAGAUUUUAUAAACACAAUUAAUCCAAUAAAAUAUUAAACUCAGAUACCAAAUUCUGAAUUUAUAUAGAUGAUGAUACGAUUAUUAUUGUUACGCCUUA